UGAUACUGCAUUCAUAAGUUUGAAUUAUGAAAUUUGGAUCCACAAUGAAGUCAAUAAUUUUUAUAUUAUUUGUAACAACUUUAGGAUGUCUAAAUCAAAACAUAUUAUCACCGGAGGCAGAUCCAGAAUUUGAAGCUGAAACAUUUCAGGGAGUUGGAUAUCCAAAAAUUGGAGAUAUACCAUUGCUUAAUCGUAAGGUAUUCAAAGGUAGUCGAGUAACAAUAAGGGAACACCCUUACAUUGUCAGCAUUCGCAGGAAAUAUGCUCACUACUUGACGGGCACCUUACUCACGAGGAACCUUGUCAUAUCCGUGGCACAUCCUUUGCAUCUAGUACCAGUAACCGAGCUAGGAGUUGUAUCUGGACAGAAUUAUGCGGAUCGCGGUACAAACAUUAUGACGGUACUGUUUGUCAUCAUCCACGAAAACUUCGAUCCCAAUACUCUGGCCGCUGAUAUCGCACUGCUAAGAUUAUAUGAGGAUAUACCACUUAAGAUAGCUAUAAAAGCUAUUAUGUUGGUAUCACCUUUAACAAAACUGGAAGGAUUUCGAGCCUUCGUUACCGGGUGGGGCCGAUGUGAUCUAACGGGAAGAGAGCUGUGUUUGCCACGGUCGAGCAUAUAUUUCCCGGACGAGAAGUUAGAUCCAAUGUUGAGGACAGUAAACUUCAUGGUAUCGUCGACGAAAGUACAUUGCGACACAUACGAACGUCAUCAAACAUAUAUUCGGCAAGGCAUGCUGUGCCUGGGACAAUCUCGGCGCGAGGAUCCCAUGUGCCCUUGCUUAGCAGUGCCGGGCGCUCCGCUCGUCGUGAACUCUCGCUUGGCAGGUCUACAGUCUUGGGGAUUUGGAUGCGGUUAUAAACACGACCUGCCUCUCGUCUAUACUGACAUACGAUAUUACUUAUCAUGGUUACUAACCAAUAUUCCAAUUCUACGGAAAAUAACCAGAUCAGAUUUGACUCCAUUUUUUGAAGCUACUAAAGGUUAUAUUUUCAUACAGUGGUUGGAACAAGCGAGGUACUCGAAAACGUUAAACUUCGAAUUGACCCAUAAUGAUUUGCAACCCCGGGAAAUCGAUAAGUUACUUGCGAACAUGAAAGGUACAAUUUUCGAGAUCAGAGACUUCAUAAACAAUGGUACAUUUCGUGAAUCAAAACAGAAAAUGUACAUGUUGCUUAGGAACUCCUCUGAAAGGAUCAGGAGAAUAGAAACACUGAAAUUGACUACAAACGUCGCUGAACCGUUUAUUAGUAACAAUACACUGAACAAAAUUGGACUGUAUUUGAAUCACGGCUUAUUGGGCGAUGUACACGACAACAAUCCCGAUUCAAGUACUGCUUUCGACGAUUAUGAAUAA